AUGAAAGGAUCAACUUGUCUGAUGAUCUACUCUUUCACAAUGCACAGUCAGCCCAUCUGCUCCAUCAACCCCCCCCCCCCCUGCCUUGAUAAUCAAUUGUGGAUCAUCACAAAUGAAGCUGUCAAAAGUCCAGGUAUCACCACCACAAUGUAUAUAAUACGUGACAAUACCCUUCAGCUAACCAGCCUUUCCAGCACCAAACUUUGGAGUUGUCAAGUUACCUGGCUCCCUUGUGAGAUAGAGGCCUUAUCCAUCCCAGCUGCAAUGAAACACUACAGCUCUUACAGUUGAAAACACCAGCCUGCAUUCUCACUAACAAUAAAGCACGUGUGUGGGCAUUUGAAAAGCUCUGUCGUGGUGAGUUUCCCUCAAACGCUCGUGUUCCCACCUUCCUUUCCACCAUCAGUAGGUGCCAAGCCUCUGUUCAUCAUGUUGCUGGAGCCACUAUCCUACCAUCUGACUUUGCCAGUGGCAAUGCCCGUAAGUGCGACAACUCAACUUGCCAAGUUUGCAGCUUCAUCCAACUCACCAAGGAUUCUGUGGUUCUCUGUGCAUCUGUCCAAAGCAUACUAGUAGGAAAGGCUAAACUUCAUUUCACUAGAAAAAGCUGA